CCACAUGACGUCACCACAAAAGCGGACGCCGACUUGUAUGAAAGCUGCAGCGUGAGUCGGUUCUCGCGCGUCUCUGUCGGUCUCUGUCCCGUUCACAAUUUUAAAAGUGCGGUCGCCUCUGUUCACGUGAAUAAAGCACCGGGAAGUCGCCGCUUUCUCAUAACCCUGGAAGAACCGGCGGCCCGCGGCAAAAGAUAUCUACUUUUCCCCGACUGGAGUCUCAGAGUUGACAGCUGAAAUGGACAUUAGGUGUCAGCCGGCAGAAAGGGAGCUCGGAUUUUAAAGAAAUAAAUUUCGGUUAGCCGCUUCUGCCCGGCGUUAGAGCAGUGUGGGUAACAGACCGUCCCGCCGGCAAGACGGCUACUAGCUUACCUACGGCACAGCCGCUUCUCGGCCGGCUUCAACGUAACGGAACGACUUAAGCCCUCAAGAGGCUCCGCGGCAUCGUUCGGGAUGCUGUCCGAUGCGCAGACUGAGCCGGUGUUUCCAAGCCAGCAGCCGCCGCAGGGUCCGCAGAACCCGGCACAGUUUGUCCAAUGCAGCGUCAAGCCCACGGUGCCCUACAAGACAAACGCCAUUACCCAGGAUUACCAAAUCACCAACCAAGUCCUGGGCUCCGGCAUCAAUGGCAAGGUGGUGGAGGUUUUCCGGAAGAAGGACGACGGGCGCUUUGCCCUCAAGAUGUUGCGUGAUUGUAAAAAGGCACGGCGAGAGGUAGAGCUACACUGGCGGGCGUCGCUCUGCACAAACAUCGUACACAUCGUCGACGUGUACGAGAACCUCUACAAGGGGGAGAAGUGCCUGCUCAUCAUUAUGGAAUGCAUGGAUGGUGGAGAGCUGUUCAGUCGUAUUCAGGACAGAGGGGACCGGGCCUUCACUGAAAGAGAGGCCUCAGACAUCAUGAAGAAUAUUGGGGAGGCCAUCCAGUUUUUGCAUACCAUGAACAUAGCACACAGAGAUGUCAAGCCGGAGAACCUUUUAUAUACGUCCAAAAGACCCAACGCUGUCCUUAAACUGGCAGACUUUGGAUUUGCCAAAGAAACUACGCAUAAUUCCUUGGCAACCCCUUGCUACACACCCUACUAUGUCGCUCCAGAGGUUCUCGGUCCAGGGAAGUAUGACAAGUCUUGCGACAUGUGGUCUUUGGGUGUCAUCAUGUAUAUCCUACUUUGCGGCUACCCCCCAUUCUACUCCAACCACGGUUUGGCCAUAUCACCUGGAAUGAAGACGCGAAUCCAAAUGGGGCAGUAUGAGUUUCCCAACUCAGAAUGGUCAGAAGUCUCAGCGCAAGCUAAGCAGCUGAUCAGUGCCCUCCUGAAGACAGAGCCAUCCCAGCGCAUGACUAUAACCGAAUUCAUGAACCAUCCCUGGAUUAACGAUUCGAUGGUGGUGCCCCAGACGCCACUCCACACAAGUCGGGUGCUCAAGGAGAUGGACUCCUGGGAAGACCUGAAGGAGCAGAUGACCACCGCCCUGGCCACCUUGAGGUAUGACUUUGGCCAGUUCAAGAUCAAAAGCAUCGAGGACUCUUGCAACCCUCUGCUGACAAAGAGGAGGCAGAAGGCUAAAAGCACGUCGGCUGACACCGAGCCCCCCGACCUAUGAGGGGAUGAGGGAGCACACCAAACACGCACUCACGCACACGUAUACACACACCGUACACAUGCAGUGUGUGCAAAGGAAGCAAUAACCGUCAGUGUGGUGGAGCGGAAAUCAUGGACGCUGGUUAAGCAGUGAGAUGAACUAUAAAACCCGUAUGUAAUGGCAGUAUGUUUCAUUACCAGUUUCAGCUUUAUUACUCCUCUUAAAUAAUAGCCUGCCCUUGUGAAUGGGGUAUUCGGGAGAUUGUGACAAGUGAUGGAGAAUUAGAUGGCAAGUAAAUAGCUUAGAUAACCAAGACUCAUUGUUAAAAAGUCUAUUUUCAUAGUGCGUCCAGGGCCGUCAGGCUGACCAGAGGACAAACUAUUGGCAUGUUAUUAACCUAAUACUGAACAAUUUGGGAGGGGUAGCUUAACAUAUUUUGCGUUUCAUUUAGGAACGGAGCUGAAUUCGAGCUGGUGGAGCUCCAGCAAAGAGUGUGGUUCUCAGCUGUGUUUGUUGCAUGAAACAUGUGUUAACAUGCCAUUAUGGCUCACAUAUGCUGAGGUUUUUAUUAGCCUUUUAUUUAUUCUUCACCUUGUCUCCUGGCAGGUUCCAUGUAGUUGUUUUGUGUGAUUAGUAACCACCUCAAUGCCCUCCGGCUGUUGGGAUCCGCCUCUUCCAGGUCACUGGUAUGAAUUCCGGGUCGGACCCCCUCUGUGUCCCUCUUGGCUGCUACUGUGAAAUUCCUAUCUGAGAGAAUCAGGAAUCAGCCCCAUUUUGCACCAAAUUCAGUUUUGUUUUUUUUUUCUGCCCAUUUUUUUUGUGUGUUUGUAACAUUUUGUAACAAGUGUGGUAUUUAGGGUGUUUCUAAAAAUUGCUUUGAAUGUGUUUCUGCAGUAGGAUUUCAAUUAAAUGUCUUUUGUGGUUGGUGUGGCCAGAUGGUUAUUCUGAGAGUCUGCACCUCCAUUGCUGUGUAAUAUGGACCAGUGGCUGUGGGGUGAUGGAUUUCUUCCGGGCCUUUCCUAUCCUGUCUGCCAGCGGCACGGUUUCUUCAGAGUGAUGUCACUGUGUCUUGCGCUCCUUCCUCACACUUUACCGAAGGAAGUUGGUGUUUGGCCUGGAAGGAAGGCCCCUGCACGCAGAGGAAACAGCGGCUUGGCAUGCCGCCACUGUCUUGAAUCCUCCCCCCCAGUAGUUUUGCUUCGUUUCUCUUUGUUUUGUUUUGAGAUGAUUUAUGUUUUAUUUCUGUUUGUAUGAAUGUUGUGGUCGCACGCUUUCUUCCCCGGCUUUGUUUCUUGUCAGUGUUUACCUGGGUUUUAGUUUUCCGAUAAUAAGUGGAGCCGUCUUGACGGAAUUGCCUUCAGAUACCUGCUCUUAUUUCCAGACGUGCCUUGUUUUUAAUGUCUGAUUGCUGUAAUGUAGGGCUGCCUUCUCUCUGGAUUGAAACUAAUGGGCGGUGAAGAAAGCACAUGUGCUUCUCUUGUUUUUCUGAAAUUUUGUUAUGCAUUCCUUUUAUGGUAAUGACCAAUCCUGUUAGCUGUUUUGGACUGUUAACCCUAUAGAAUUUGGACCCUCUACCCCAUGGUGAAUGUCUAGAAAUACUGCUGAAAUGACUUGCUCCAAAUUAAAAGCACCCUGCUAAAUACACAA